CGUCGAGUAUGCGCCUGCACAAGUUCGUCGGGGCCGGAGACCGCUCGGGAGGGCGUUCCGGGCUGCGAGGCCGAGGGCUGAGACCCGGGAGGCCUGAGGACACGCUCGGGCCCCGCGCCUCUUCGCUGCACUCUGGACCCCGCUCCCGGGGCGCCCUCCCCACCGUGCGCCCAGGCCUGCGCCAUGCGCCCCAGGGGCGUGCACAGCUUCGCGCUGGAGCUGGCGCGGGGCCCGGCAGGCGCGUACCGCCGCGGGGAGAUGGCGGCGCGCGUGGGGGCGGCCACGCACUGGCUCCAGGGCCGAAGCGUAGGUGUCAACGCGGGGUCCAGCGACUACGCGGCCGCCGCCGCCGAGACGUAUCUGCAGCGGCGGCAGCUGCUCCUCCAAGACACAGGAGAGACUACGACGCUGCCUCCUGGGUGCCAUGAGUUCCCAUUCAGCUUCCAGCUGCCCCCGACCCUAGUGACUUCUUUCGAGGGCAAACACGGCAGUGUCCGAUACUGCAUCAAGGCCACCCUGCACUGCUCCUGGGUCCCUGCCUGCCAGGCAAGGAAAGUGUUUACUGUCAUUGAGCCGGUGGACAUCAACACACCUGCUCUGCUGGCCCCUCAGGCAGGAGCGCUGGAGAAGGUUGCCCGAUCAUGGUAAAGUAACCGUGGCCUGGUCUCCCUCUCGGCCAAAAUCAACCGCAAGGGCUACAUACCAGGUGAGGUGAUCCCCGUCUUUGCUGAGAUUGACAAUGGCUCCACACGCCCAGUGCUGCCUCGGGCAGCGGUCAUUCAGACACAGACCUUUGUGGCUCGAGGUGCCUGCAAGCACAAGUGAGCAGUGGUGGCCAGCCUUGCAGGCAAGCCUGUGGGCCCUGGACAGCAGGCACUGUGGCAGGGCUGGGCACUUCAGAUACCCCCUGUGGGUCCUUCCAUCCUGCGCUGCCACGUGCUGCAUGUGGGCUACUCCCUCAAGGUCUGCGUGGACAUUCCAGGCACCUCCAAGCUGCUCUUAGAGCUGCCACUGGUCAUCGGCACCAUUCCCCUGCACCCUUUCAGCAGCUGCUCCUCCACCGUGGGCAGCCGUGCAAGCUUCCUGCUGGACUGGAGGCUGGGGGCCCUGUCAGAGCAGCCUGAGGCCCCUCCCGAGUACUCAGAGGUGGUAGCAGAUGACGAGGUGGCAGUCACAGAGCAGAGCCCUUUCCCGCUACCACAGGAUCCUGACCUGAUAUUCGAAGGCCCUUUCUUCGCCUACAUCCAGGAGUUCCGCUCCUGCCCACCACCCUUGUACUCCGAGGAGGACCCAAACCCACCCUGAGAGGCCAUGAGACCACGCUGAGUGACCUGCUGAGGGGCAAGCUGAUACCUUGAGGGAUGAGGCUACAUAUGUGCUUCCAGCCACCAUGGACACAAGGAGUGGCUGGAUCAAGAGCAGCCCAGGCUCCCUGCACUGAAGUUCGGGAAACCGAAUAUUGGAACAGGACAGAGCUGUCCCGACAUCCGCUGGACAGGAAGAGCCAGACUGGUCCUCAUUAGGCAUCAGAUGGCCAGAGCAGGACCCAAGGGACUGUUCAACCUGUCUAUGCCUGCCUGUGGGCAGAGCUGAUGUUCCCCAGGAACCUCCAGUCUGGGGGCAACACAGCCACACAGAACUACUUCCGUUCUCAUGGGACCAGAAGAAGGGGUCAGGGGCUGGGAGAGUCCCAAAGGGGGAACACAGAAGACUUUCUGGGGGAAGGGCAUUUUAGCUGAGGCUUUGGCAUAUGAAUAAGAGCUUAGCAGGCAAGCGAGGAGCAAGAAGGCAGAGAAGGUCAGAGCUGAGUGAUGUUUGAAGACUGCCCCCCUUCAUCUUAGAACUGGGGCUCAGAGGACAAGUGCGCCAAACUACAAGGUCCGGCAGGUGACAUGGCCCAGGAUUGAGGCACUCACGGAAGCAGGUCAUUGGAACUAUGUGGGGCCUAUGCGCGUCAGGAGCAAUAGCUCCAGCCUUUGAAGGCUUGGGAAGCCAGAGAUUCCAGGCCCAGGCUAGAACUGCUUGGGCUCCUCCAAGUACUACAGGACCUGAGACUUCCUGGGUGUUAUGUGGUGCUGAAAAUCCAGUUUCAAUGCAUGAUAAGACUGGCUAUAUAACUUGGAAAAAGAAAACGUAAGGCUCCUUGUUCAAAGAUUUUAAGAAUUUCAAGACAGUAACAACAGAACAUUCAGCCAGACCCCGGGGACAGAGAUCAGCCAGAGGUGACACAGGGCUGGUGAGCUUUUGGAGACCCCUGAGUUCGGGAGGGAUAAAGCAUGAGGGGCAGCUGGGCAAGCCUCCCAACUGCAGAGGCCCAGCCGUGGCUGGGCCAGGACCCCCGCAUGGGUCUCAGCAUUUCUGAUAAGCCUUGAAUUGUUAUCUUUCUGAGAACACAUUGUAAUGUACAAAUUAAAAAAAAAAUAAAAGUCUAGAACAAA